AUGGUGGCAAAACUAAUCCUUGCUCUUCUCUCAUUCUAUGCCCUUAUGGGUUCAGCCCUGGGUAAACCACAUCAUCAAGAAAACUGGUUUGGAGAAAACAAACAUCAAGUUCUCGACUCGGAGGAUAUCUGGAUUGAUGAUCAGGAAAUAGAGGAACAAAAUAUAAAUUUAGAACGGGAAGAUCAUGAUUCUGAGAAUCAAAGAAUUACAAAAAGACAAGCUCAUGAUUAUGAACAUGAAGACCAUGAUGAAGAUGAAGAUCAUGAUCAUGAACAUGAAGAGCAUCAUAAUGAUGAAGAACAUAAACAUGAUCAUAAGCACCAAAGGAUAACAAAACGACAAGCACAUGAUCAUGAACAUGAAGAUCAUGAUCAUCAACAUGAUCACCACGAUCAUGAUCAUCAACAUGAUCACCACAGCAAAAUGACUCAAAGAACAUUUCGCUGUUCUCCAAGAUGCACAGAGCGGAGGGAAGCUUGCAGCAGAACUCAGAAAACUUAUGAAACCCCGUGCGCCCUCGCUUGCGCAGGAGAGAGAUUAUCCCACUUUGGACCCUGCUCUGGCAUUCGGAAAAACUGA